GGCCGCUCUGGGAAUCAGCGCCGACCUGCGCUCCGCCGGCAUGUGAGCGCGCACCCUCGCUACGUGCUGAACGCCCCGCUCCGCACUCUGUUCUGUUCUGUUCCACAGCCGACUGCGACUGCCGGGCCCGCGGCGGGCUGCGACGACCCGCGCCCGCCACACACGCAGACAUGGAUACCUGGAUACCGCUCGUGCUCGCCAUUGCAGGUACGUGGAGCUGCGAUGAGCCGUACAGCCUGCUCUGCUCUGGCGUGAGCACCCGCCGCCCCCGGGACAGGUGCGGGGCCAGAGCUGUCGUGCGACCACACCAGCUGUGCCACAAAGCAGAACAGAGGAACGGCCCGCCCAGCCACUGCGCCGCUACAACACAACACGUCUCCCUGGCGACCGGCUACAGCUCACAGUGUAGCGACGCCCCUGUUGAGGCAGAAGGGGCACGCGACAAAAAAGGGAAUAUUACUGCUGCACAGCGAUGAUACGACGCCAGUAACUAAUUAAAAUAUAGGCAUCUACUUUCACCAUUUGCACCAUUUUGCACUAUAUAAACAAUGGUACAGAAGUACCCACAUAUUUCAUAAAUUGCAGUCGACAGGUAGUUUCGGGUAUUGUACAAUUUGUUCAAGAAAUGUUCAAACAAGGAAAGCAAGUGCCGUAUUCACGGGUCCGGCAACGCGCAUUUUCUGAAAUGUGAACACUUGUUCACAGAAGGGGCUGAAACUCUUGUAGUUGCGGAGUUGAGCACAGUCGUUGCACUGGUACUCGUUCGACGGGAUCAACGCCAUCGCAGUACCCAAGGUAUCCAUUACUCUGAGCAGUAGCUAGUCUGCCGUCGGUUUGUGAUUGGAUUCAGGAUUUCCUAGAAGAAAGAACACAACAUGUCAUUCUUAACGGUUCAAAAUCUGCAGAUGUAGAGGUAAU